AUGAAAGGACUAGAAUAAAUUAUUAAUUUCAAAAAGACUCGUAUUAAAUUACAAGGAACGAAUUAGGCGAAAAAACAAUAAUAGUUAACAAAUUAUGUGGCAUCAAUCUAGUAUGAGUCUCGAAAUGGAGAAGAGAAAGAUAUGAGUUAUAAGGCUAUACUGACAAUGAUCGCCUUUAUGUAUGAGAUUAGGGUAAGGGAACUCAGAAUUAAAACACAAAAAGAUUGA